AGAAUACGUUAUACCUUCCCCAGCCACAUUUCUUGUUAACUACACAACAGCGAUGAGAGAGAAUAAAGUUUGCACGAGAAAGAUGGGGAGGCUGUUCGUGGUGAAUCUGGAGGGGAAGAUCUAUAGUUGCAAACACUGUAAGACCCAUCUUGCUGUGUACGAAGACAUCAUCUCCAAGUCUUUUCACUGCAGGCAUGGGAAGGCCUAUCUCUUCAAUAAGGUUGUGAAUGUUUCGAUGGGGGAGAAUGAAGACAGAAUGAUGAUGACUGGAUUACAUACCGUAGCUGACAUUUUCUGCGUCGGAUGUGGAUCAAUCGUCGGUUGGAGAUAUGAGAUGGCCCAUGAGAAGAGCCAGAAGUACAAGGAAGGAAAAUCGGUGCUUGAAAGAUUUAAGAUAUCGGGACCCGAUGGAAGCAACUACUGGAUAAGCCAUGGAACUCAUGUAGGUGGAAGUGAUGCUGAUGAUGCUUGACCUUUGCACUUUCUCUCCUGCUUACAUGAUUCAAUGAAAUAUGGUCUGGAACAUAUGGCGUUUCUUUACAGGAUUAAUUCGCCGCUGUCGGAAAUGAUGACUCUGUUUCUGGGGACGCGCCGUUCUCUCUGUACCCUGGGAUUCGACCUUGUGUACAACAUCCAUGCCCGACAAGACCUUCCCGAACACAACGUGAUGUCCAUCUAACCUCACAAACAGAAAUCACACAAAGGGUUAUGCUCCAGUGCGAGACCUGUCUUAAACCCAUAAUCACAUUGACAAUUCCAUGUUCAUGUCUUAUACCAGCUUGUGGUGACAGUCGUGAUGAAGAAGUGAGAUCCGCUAGUGUCUGGACCAGAGUUUGCCAAUGAUAGAACUCCUGGAAUUCACAACUCUGUUGAUCAGCAUCCAUAACACGAAACUUGCCGAAGCUACAGGUAGGUAGGCCUAUUACCAAGACCGGUGUGUUUCAGAUUGAAGUCCUCAUCGGUCUGUUGAACAACAUGGUGGGAUGUUGGAAAGUGGGUGCAUAACCUUUACAUCGCAUUUAGGCUUAUGGAACCUCACAUAAUUGAGUUUCAGUUUCUCUUGUGAACAGGGGUUUAUGAUCACACCCUCUUUUGUCACUUUACUAGUUUUUUGUUUACUCUUGCAAUGUUCUGUCUUUGCAGCUUCACUUCACGCCUUACAUCAUGCUUCUGUACAAACCAAAGAAGGAAUAUCUCCAUCUGCCCUUCAAUGCAAGCAACAAGCUUUAUUUGAUAAUUGGCAUACAAUUGACAUGUGUUCACAUUGCUGGAGUAUUGUUGUAUCGUCGAGGAAAGUUGUCUCAUAUUUAUGCACAAGGGAACUUCAUUCGACAUUCUACGGUUGUGGUACUGACGGGAUGAAAAUUUGUUCGAUGUGUGCGUGUGCUUGUGAAAUGCAGCCUAAGCAAAUCAGUGAGAUUAAGGAGAGCUAGGAGGAAGGAUGCAAGGUCUGCGCAGAUCAAGAGGAGCAACGAAGUCACCAAGUACCUCUGCACUCGAUGCGUGUUUGGCCAAGAGAAAGCCGGCAAGUUGAAGCAAUCUCUUCCUCCAUCAGAAUCUCUUUAUUGGGUUUGGCCUCUUCAGUGAAGAUUAGCUUCAAUGAUCUUUCAACAAAUUCAUCAUCCAGAAAAUUUCACAAGAGCUUCGGUGCUACUGUGUUCUGAUCAUCAUAUUUGGCCUGAGGAUGUUGAUACACCAUUUCGGGCUUAUGUGAGGAGAAAGAUCAGCAAAGGCCACGUGGAGGGAGGCAAGGGAGAGACAGAGAAGCAAUUCGUUGGGAAAAAGAUGACAGGUGGCACUGGAGAAGAGGUAUUAGGGGUAUUGUAAUUACCUACUAGGAUUAUAGCUCUCUGCUACGGUUGUAUGGGGAUUGGCACCUUUUGUGUGUAUAGCCAUCUCGUAUAUAUAUAUGCUAGUAGUCUUUUGGGUUGGGUAUGCA